ACAUUUGUUCUCAUGCCGUUCCACUUGCCACUGGACGAUGAAUUCGCAAACCACCGAAUAUUCUCUGUGCAAUCUAGACUCUUCUAGUCAUAAUUAUGCUGUUUCAGCUUUCACUGAAGCAAAUUGCUAUUAUUCAGCGUCAGAAGGUAAUGGGGGACAUUUCGAACAUUACGAUGGAACUUAUGGAGGACAUUUCGGACCGAAUGAUUUUUAUUUUCCUAGUCAAAACGAAUCAUGUGCACCCAGUCAUGGACCGUCAAAUUUCUGUUCUUUUUCUCCUUCCUCUGCUGGCAAUGAGGCCUCAAAGUUGGGAGCAUCUAGUGAAAACCAACAACAGAAUGACCAAGCUGCAACUUACAAAUGGAUGACUGUGAAAAGGAGCAAUCCUAAAACUAAUAAGUCGGCAGAUUACAGCGGUGGCUACCCACCAGCCCAGUCUCAGCCGAAUAUGGGACGAACGAAUUUUACGAAUAAACAACUAACUGAAUUGGAAAAAGAGUUUCACUUCAAUAAAUAUUUAACGAGGGCCAGGAGGAUCGAAAUUGCCGCAGCUUUAGGUUUAAAUGAAACACAAGUAAAAAUAUGGUUUCAAAAUCGGCGAAUGAAGCAGAAAAAAAGAUUAAAAGAGACUGGUUUAACUAUGAACGACGUUGCGGAAACCGCUCAGUCCUUAUCGUGCGAUGACCAUAGCAGAUAGAUGGCACACUUAUCGGACUAAUAUAUACAAAAAAAACGAUAAGAGAACCAAAAAUGUGAUUUGUGCAAAAAGAAACACUUUCUCACUCAUUUAAAAUGUCCUUGAUUUUUUUGCCUCGCAAUUUUUUGCGGUUGGCUGUGUCAUGUUUGUCAUUCAUAAGUAGUCACUUAAAAUUCUAGGUGUUCCAAUGAAAUUUACAUCUAAUAAUAUAUAAGAUCAAUUUUGAUUAUUUAUUUAUUUAUUGAAACUUGUAAAUAUGUGUAUAUUAUAUCCCAUAGAGUUAUAUAUAUAUUUACAUGUACAUAAAUGUUGUCCAGUUUGAAUCUCUACACAAACUUCUAGUCAUUUCGCUCAACGAAAAAAUAUAUAUUUAUGUGCAUAUUUAUGUGUUCCAGUUUUUUCCUUUCUUUUGCUUGCAAAAAAUUUUUUUUUUGAAAUACAAACAUUUGCGGUGCAUGCACAAAAGAGAAAUAAAAA